AUGUAUACUAGUUCAGCAACUGUAGUUUAUUCAUUACAGUUACAAAUGUGGCAGAAUUUUAAUGAGCAGUGCAUCAAACAAUCAAAGAAAGAUAACGAAGAACGACCUGAACGGAAGCUUCCAGAAUGGUUAGAACAGUAUAUAGAAUAUAAAUUUAAUUUGUAUGAUAGAACAGGUGAUGGUAAAAUAGAUGCCGAGGAAUUUGAAUAUGUCUUAUCAGAUUUCGGUGUUCCCCCUAAAGAUGCAAGGUGUGCAUUUCUGAUGUUUUCAUGUAACAACACAAAGAAAGUGGAUUUAGAUUAUUUCAAAGACUAUUAUAGAUCAGAUGAUAUUAGUGCCCUAGGCAACUUCAUCACAGGAAAAUUAGAUUUCAAUGACUGAUGGUUAAGACAGAAUGACUUUAUUGUGCAAUUGUUACUUCACAU